AUGGGUUGGGUCACUAUUGUCUUACUUACUCUGCUGGCAGGGUCAAGGUGGAAUGACAGGGAAUUGAAGUUUGCCCGGACAGUCAUUUUCACUGUGAAGGAGAUCAACAGAGAUCCUAAGCUCCUUCCUGGAGUGAGUCUGGGCUACAGGCUGUACAAUGGCUGUGGGAGUGAAAACCUGAUACGAGCAGCUAUAGAAGCUGUAAACGGGGAGGAUUCAAAGGGCUGCAGUGCUCAGAUCCAGGCCCUCUUAGGCCAUUCAUCCUCAGGAGUGAGUAAAAACAUUAACAACAUCCUUAGCCCGCUAUCCAUUCCACAGAUUAGCCAUCUUUCAACCUGUGCUUGUUUGAGUGACAAAAGACUGUACCCAACAUUUUUCCGAACUGUGCCAAGUGACCGCUACCAAAUCAUUGGUCUGGUGCAGCUUAUGGAGUUCUUUGACUGGCGCUGGGUGGGGGUUAUUUACGCUGCCGGAUCGUUGUAUUCAAAGAAGGGUACAGCUGAAUUCACAAAGGAGGCAAUGAAAAGAGGCAUAUGUGUUGAGAACUCAUUACCUUAUUCUAAGACAUCUGAAGACACGUUCAAGGUUAUUGUAGAGGCACUAAGGGAAUCCUCGUCAAAGGUGGUCCUGUUGUUUAUGUCCUUGUCUUACACCAAAUCAUUCCUAUCAAAAAUCGAGGACUAUAACAUAACUGGGAAGCAGUGGCUUGGCGGUGAGGCGUGGAUCACACAACCAGACCUGGCUUCUGUGAAGAGAAAAAGCAUUUUGCAGGGGGCAAUGGGCUUUGCCCUCCCUGAGGCAUCUAUACCAGGCCUCGGUGAAUUCUUACUCAGCCUGAAGCCUUCCCAUGAACCUCAGAGUUCUAUAGUUAAGGCUUAUUGGGAAAAGUUCUUUGACUGCAGCUUUUCUCCAUCAAAUACCUCCACUGCCUGCACUGGCACAGAGGAUCUCAGCACAGUCUCCAGUGACUACACAGACGUGACACACUUCAGGGCUGAGAAUAAUGUGUACAAAGCCGUAUACUUGGUGGCAUAUGCCAUUCAUGCACUAUUGCAGUGUGAAAACGGCUUAAAUCCCACCACGGGAAAGCCCUGUGUGAACAAGAGCGAAGUGUUGGAACACAUCAAGUAUGUGAACUUCACAACACAAAACGGGGCCAAGGUUUUCUUUGAUGAAAAUGGAGACUCAGUCGCCCAGUAUGACCUAGUUAACUGGCGGAUGAAAGAAAAUGGCUCUGUUGAGAUUGUAAAUAUCGGUCAAUAUGAUACGUCUUUUCCAGACGGGGAAAAAUUAAAACUAAAAGACAGCUCCAAAAUAGUUUGGGGAGCAAACAGUAAUAAGGUGCCGAGGUCUGUCUGUAGAGAACCGUGUCCACCAGGGACUCGCAAGGCCACCAACAAGUUUAAACCUGUGUGCUGCUUUGACUGCUUUGAGUGCCCAGAGGGAACAAUAAGUAAUCAGACAAAUUCUCCAGACUGUUUGAUUUGUCCACCUGAUUUUUGGCCAAAUGAAAAGAAAGACAGGUGUCUUCCAAAACCAACUGAAUAUCUUUCCUACAAAGAAAUCAUGGGAGCCCUUUUAACUGUGUUUAGCUGUCUUGGUGUAUUUUUAUCCCUUCUGACAUCAAUCAUUUUUUUGACUCAUAAAGAGACUCCCAUUGUAAAAGCCAACAACUCUGAGCUGAGCUUCCUGCUGCUAUUCUCAUUAAAACUGUGUUUCCUGUGUUCUCUGACCUUCAUCGGCCGGCCCUCUGAGUGGUCCUGCAUGCUGCGACACACAGCCUUCAGCAUCACCUUUGUCAUCUGUAUCUCUUGUGUACUGGGGAAAACAAUUAUAGUGUUAAUUGCCUUCAAGGCCACACUUCCAGGAAGUAAUGUGAUGAAAUGGUUUGGGCCGACACAGCAGAGGCUCAGUGUUCUGGGUUUCACUCUCAUUCAAGUUGUGAUUUGUAUUCUUUGGCUGACAAUCAACCCUCCAUUCCCAAAGAGGAACAUGAAGUACUAUAAAGAAAAGAUAAUCUUAGAGUGUGCGCUGGGUUCAGCCGUUGGAUUCUGGGCUGUGUUGGGUUAUAUCGGAUUCCUUGCUCUAUUGUGUUUUAUACUUGCUUUUCUUGCUAGAAAGCUGCCAGACAGCUUUAAUGAAGCCAAGCUGAUCACCUUCAGCAUGCUGAUAUUCUGUGCAGUCUGGAUCACCUUUAUCCCAGCAUAUGUCAGCUCUCCUGGGAAGUUCACUGUAGCUGUGGAGAUAUUUGCCAUUUUGGCAUCCAGUUUUGGUUUGCUGGUAUGCAUUUUUUUCCCAAAAUGUUAUAUUAUUAUCUUUAGGCCAGAAAAAAAUUCAAAGAAACAUUUGUUUGGGAAAAUACCACCUCGAACUCUUUAA